AUGACGACCCACCUGCAUGCAGUGAGCUGCCGCUUUCUUCGUCGGGGUUGCCGGAUCGACCAACACGAGCUCUUCAGCGAAUCGUACGCCAGAAGCAACACAAAACGCAAUUUCAAGCUGCUACGCUGCUUUCCGCACUGCUGCCCGGAGCAUGUCCCGCGCAGCUACUGCGGCUGCUCACUGCACGUUCUCGUCACCUUCGUCUCCGCUGAUCAAGCCGCUGCAGCCGAUACGAGCGACGACGUCGUCGUGUGCGCUCGCUUCGAAGCUGCUUCUCCAGUGGCGGUGGCUGGUGCGGGUGACGUUGCCACUGCAAUGCCACCAGACUCCAUCGUGGCACUACCUGUCAGUGCACUGCAGCUUUCGAUAGACACCACAGCGGACAAACAUCAUUGGGUGCGUGCCGAGAAGGCGGACGAUCGUUACCAGCAGCAGUUUCCAGAGGUGAGUGGAGUAUAUGGUACUACAUAUCAACUAUGAGAGUUCCGAUCGAUAGAUUUAGCCACGUCCCAUUCUUGAUCUGCAAC